AUGAAUUCUCGUUUCUGGUUUGCAUUCAUCGGGUGUCUGCUCACCCUGAAUACCUCAUCAGUUCUGGCUAUAUCUACACCUCCAAGCAGCCAUCAUUCCUUUCUUUCUUUUCAGUUUCGGCCCCCAGCAUCACAUGCAAAUGCCUCUCUUGGCCGUUCAACUCUGCGGCUCCGCAGCGUGCACAGCGGAGCGUGUUCAGGUGUAUCGACGCCAGCUGAGGAGAAACCCAGGGAAUCUGGGGAAUCUGUUGAUUUACUUUUCUUGAAACUGAAGAAAUGGCUUGCAUGCAACGGAGCUGAUCUCGAUAUUGAAGGACUUGCACUCAGGCACCACGACGACUCUGAAUAUGAAACUUUCGGCGGAGAAGAGAAGAGAACAGAAAGAUAUCUCACAGCACAGCGUCAGUAUCCUCGUGGCUCUGUCAUUGCAUCUAUUCCAUCCUCUCUACACUUUACUUCUGAAAUCCUUGAGCAGCUCCAUACCCGCGUCGUUGGUGAGAGGAGAAACACCCCCAGCAACGAAGAGAAUUCAGCAUCAAACCAACCGGCUUUCUCGCGAGCAGAGAAGGAGCUGGAUGCUUCUGAUGGGGGUUUGCUUUCUCUCUGCUUCGGCGAGAGAAAGACAGAUGCAACGGUGCGCUUGUCAUUCCUUUUGGCUGCAUUUCAGGAGUUGUUUGCCGCCAAGGAUACAAAUAUCCUCCGCAGCACAUCUCCACUAAAUUCUUCUUUUUUUUCUCAUUCAUCUUCUUUGCUUCAAGGCUGGCUCUUAUACAUGCAGCUUCUGCCGCCACCAAACCCCUCAAUUCCUCUUUUCUGGAAUUCUGAAGAACUGCGGGCGCUGAGGCAUCCAAUCAUGCAUGCGGUAUUCGCUCGUCUGCAGUGUCUGUACACCUCGUUGCGUUCUCACGGCCACUUGUUCCAGGUGGGGGGGCCCCCAGGGGCCCCCAGGGGGGCCCCUGGGGGGGCCCCCCAGUCCCCUUCAGCAGAGAAUUCACAGCUAUUCAAACGGCUUGUUGCAGCGCAUGCAACAGCAAACAGCAAAGCACUCAGACUACCAGCAGACGGCUGUGCUUUCGUUCCCCUCGUCGAUAUGUGUGUGCAUGCAACACACAGCCCCAAUGCUAGGCUUAAGUUGAAAUCCGAGAGCAGCAGCAGCUGCAGCAGCACAACAAAAACAAAAACAACAACAACAACAGCAGCAGCAGCAGCAGCAGCAGGAGCAGCAGCAGGAGUUGAUGGCAAGCACAGCAACGCAUGCAGGACCAAUGGGGUGUCUGUACAGCUCGUUGCGCUGAGAGAUAUUAAAAAAGAUGAAUGCAUUUCAAUUUCUUUUGGAAGUAAACUCGACAACCCCACCCUCCUCCUUAACUAUGGACUGCUACCUAAAGAUAACCCGUAA